CUAAAUCACCAGAGGCCAAGAAAACAUCGUAUUGCCUCCUUUUUGUCUCUGUUAAGGGAAGAGUUCGAAUAUCCGUAAACACAAAGGGUUUAACUAGCUCUGUACCAUCAUCUGAUUCUAUAUAUCACUCAUCAUCCUAGGACCUUCUGCACGAGAGCUAUUGACGAGCAAACUCCGAAUCUCCAAACCUGUGACCGAUACACCGAGGCACAGUUGAUGUUGGACCUCCGUGAGCAGCAACAUGUACCCCAGCGCUGCGCCAGCGGGAUGCCCGCCCUACAACUCCAAAAACGGGCACGGUAAUGGACUCUACCCGCUACCUCAGGCCUUCCUUCAACAUCACCAGCAACUAGCUGAGGCUCCACGAAACAUCGCUAACACAAAUUUCCAUGGUCGGACCCUGCCUGCAGGUCCUUCAGAUAUUCCCCUAUAUGAUUGGAAGCCAAGUCCCAGCACCCCACCUGGUCCUCAUGCAUCUGCACUGGCCAACGGGAGGAAGAGGCACAGUGGAGACCACAGCCCGUAUAAUUUAAAGAGACAGCACUUCAGUUCCCCUGUCCCCCAUUAUGGCAGUCCUCCUGCUGUCGGCUCCUCUCCCUCUGUAUCCCGCCCUGGCCCCAGGGAAACACAGUCUACCCUAAUCCAGCACUCUCAGCCUCUCAGCCCCCAACCGUCUGCCCCACGGAUGCCCCCCCUGUGGGGAGAGAACCCUCGUAGCUCACUGCAGGCUUAUGCCAAGGACAAGCUGAGUGGUCAGAUGGUGGAGCUUUUUGAGGCAUGCCAGCAGCAGUCGACUGACCUGGAGAGGAAGGAGCUGUGCAGAGCUCAACUACAGAGAGAGAUCCAGAGACUCUUCCCAUUGGUGAGGUUGUACCUGGCUGGUUCUUCUCUGAGUGGUUUCGGCAGCAGGAACAGUGAUGCUGACCUCUGUUUGGUCAUCCAAGCAGCACCAGUGGACCAGAGGAAUGAUGCUGUGUAUGUACUCAGUCUCAUUCAGCAGCUCUUCUACAGACUCUCGUACAUAGAGAGACCGCAGCUGAUCCGAGCCAAGGUCCCCAUCCUCAAAUUCAGAGACAAAGUCAGUGGAGUCGAGUUUGAUCUGAACGUAAACAACACUGUAGGGAUCAGAAACACCUUCUUGCUGAGGAGUUACGCCUACGCUGAGCGGCGUGUGCGUCCCAUCAUCUUGGUGGUAAAGAGGUGGGCCAGACAUCACAGGAUAAACGACGCCAGUAAAGGAACACUCAGCAGCUACACUCUAGUACUGAUGGUACUACACUACUUACAGACUUUGCCUGAACCAGUCAUUCCCUCUCUGCAGAAUGAAUAUCCAGAGUGUUUUAGUCCAUCCAUGGAUAUCCACCGUGUGCCUGAGGGUCCGAGAGACAUCCCCCCCUACUCCUCCUCUAACCAGGCCUCACUGGGAGAGCUGCUGCUGGGCUUUCUCAAGUACUACACCUCCGUCUUUAGGUGGGAUAAACAGGUGAUCUCGGUGCGAGAGGCUAAGGCUCUGCCCAAGUCAAAUAGUCUAGAGUGGAGAGACAAGUUCAUCUGUGUGGAAGAGCCAUUUGAUGGCACCAACACAGCCAGGGCAGUCCAUGAGAAGGUCAAGUUUGAUGCCAUCAAAGCACAGUUCGCUGAGUCGUGGCAGAUGCUCCAGCUGAGAAAGGAUCUCAACUUCAUCCUCCCAAUCAGAAACACCAUCCAGAGAUGAGGAGGAGGAACUGUGAGUGACUCAGCUGUACAGAGGAAAUCUGCCUGGUCUGUCCUGGGCCUUUCUGCUGGGUUGUACAGUCUCCGUCUCCCUCCUCAGCAUGCCAAAGCCCUAACAUUCAGACUCUUCACGUUCUCCUGACUCACCUGCCAAUGUUACGGACACAGAGGAGAAAUAAAAGAAAGUAUAACCUCUGAUAUUUGAAGAGGAUACAUGA